CGGAAUCUUCGCGCCGUAAUGUGAGGCGCGAGGCAUCGCCUGCGCAGGCGCUGCACGCCAGUCGCCUUCCCGUCGCGGCGCACGGCGGAAGGGCGUUGGGCGCGCUCGGCCCUGGCUCCUCGAUGGCUUCAGUAGUGAACGAUGAACCCGCGUCUGCGCCUUCUCGCAGCCUCCGGUCGCCAUGUUCGCCUUCGCGAGGUGAAAGAGUCUUCGCUAUCUUACAUUAUCGCGGUUGAUACGGUGGUCACGUGGGGGAACUGAUAAGUGCAGUCUGAGCUUGCGAUGCGCUGUGUGCAUCAAGAUUAACGCUGCAGUGGUCGCGGAGAUUUAUUGGCCGCAUCCGACCGCAAAUAAAGUACAAAUCGACCGAGUUGGUCGGCGAUGGCAUAAUGCUCGUACUUGCCAAAGCAAAAUAUACGUAGCUGUUUGGGAGAUUGGAUCCACGACAACAUUCCAACAUUAUGGAAUAUGAAAUAACUGAUAGGGUGGCGAUCGACGCCGACGUGCUGCUGGAGCAGGCCGGCGGCCGCGGGCGCUACCAGCUGCUCCUGGUGGCGCUGUACUCCGUCGUCAACGUGCUCUGCGCCUUCCACUACUUCGGCCAGACCUUCAUCACCCUCGUACCCCCUCACAGGUGCCGUCUGCCCGAAGUGUGCGAUGCGGCCGCAGAGGAGCGCUGGCGGUACAACGUCCCGGGCGACGCGGCGUCGUGCUGGCGCUUCGACCUCAACCUGAGCGGCGUGGAGCCGCCCAGCGACGGCGAGCGGGAGAGCUGGCCGCGGAGAGAGUGCGACACCGGCUGGACCUACGACCGCCCUCACGGCUAUGAGACGAUCGUGUCCGAGCUGGACUGGGUGUGCGCGGAACAGUGGCGGCUGGCGCUGGGCCAGUCGCUCUUCUUCGCCGGGUCGGUGGCGGGCACGCUGGCGCUGGGCGUGCUGUCGGACCGCGUGGGGCGGCUGCCGGCGCUGCUGGUGGCGCACGCGUGCGCGCUGCUCGGCGACCUCGUCACGGCCUUCGUGCACGACCUGCCCGGCUUCGGCGCCGCGCGCACCGUCGCGGGCCUCGCCACCGACGCCAACUUCUUCAUGAUGUACAUCAUCGUCAUGGAGUACCUGAGCCCCGAGCUGCGCACGACGGGCCUCAACCUGACCAUCGGCGUCUUCUACACGGCCGGGUGCGUGGCGGUGCCGUGGCUGGCGCUGUGGCUGGGCUCGUGGCGGCGCCUCAUGCUGGCCGUGGCGGCGGCGCACGCCCUGCUGCCGGCCUACUGGGCGCUGGUGCCCGAGAGCGCGCGCUGGCUGCUGCAGCGCGGCCGCGAAGCUGCUACUGCUAGUAAAUUGUAUCGUAAACCGCCAUCAGGGAGCCUAGUUGGUUUGUUCAAGACUCCAAAUCUGCGCAGGAAGACCUGCAUUCUCAUUUUUAAAACGAUGGUGCUGACGCUGUGCUACGACGUGCUGUCGCGCCACGUCAGCGGCAUGGGCAUCAACCCGUUCGUCAUGUUCAGCGCCAGUUCGGCGACGGUGCUGCCGUCGUGCCUGCUGGUCAUCCUGCUGCAGGACCGUGUGGGGCGGAAAGCGCUGGCGAGCGCGUCGCUGCUGCUCACGGGCGUCUUCGCAGCCGUCACCGGCGCGGGCCACUUCUGGCGGCCCUUCCCGGACGUGACGUUGGGCGCGCUGACGGUGCUGGGCGCCGGGCUGUGCCUGCUGCUGCCGGAGACGCUGGGCCGGGCGCUGCCCGUCACGCUGCAGGACGGCGAGCUCUUCGGCGAGGACGAGGGGCCCUGCGACUUCGCCUUCGCCACCAACUGCCGCUGCUGCCGCCGCCGCCGCCGCCCCGACGCCCAAGAAGAUCCCGCCGAAAGUGCCCCCUCGCCCGCCAAGACGCCGCUCUAGACCUCCGCGGGAAGACCGGUCGCUAGGAUCGCCACUGGCCCCGCCGUUGGGCCCCAAUAAACGCCUCGACCACAUCACUGGAUUGUAAAAGCCCGGCGAUUGCAUCUGCGGAGUUAUUGCAACAGCGACACGAAUGCAGCUGCGGAAUAAUUAUAGCUGCGACGCGCUUGUAGCUGCGACGCGAUUGUAGCUGCGACGCGAUUGUAGCUGCGACGCUAUUGCAGCUGCGACGCGAAUGCUGCUUCGACGCCAUUUCAGCUGC